GAAAAAAUCCUGCUCAAGUUGAACAAGAGAUAAACGACUUAAUUGCUAGUGGGGAGAAGGCUAAUCAAGACUUAGCAAGUGAAAAGAAGCGGGUUGAAAGAGAAUCCAAAGCAAGGAUGGACAGUUUAAAUAAUGAUUUGCAAACCAAAGAUGACUCAAUUAACAGUCUACAAACUGAUUUAUCACAAAUAAGAGCUGAAAACGACCACCUAAAAAAUUAUACUUUAAAAACCGCCCAAGAAAAACUUAGUAAAUGGGUUACCACCUUUAAAGGUCAAGAAGCUUAUGAGGUGGAACGGGAACUUAACAAACCCAAAAAACCUGAAGACAUUCGCAAAGAAUAUGAUAAAUUGGCCACUAACCAAAAACCAACCGAUUACGAACAACUUAAACAAGAUUUAGAAAAAUGGACUAAUGUUUUUAGUGAUCCGGAGUUUCAAGGAAAGGAACCAACCCAAAUUAAGGCGAUCAUAGAACAGUAUAAAGACCAAUUAAAGUUGCGUGAAAGCGACUUAUUAACUAAGUAUCGGGAAGAUAUUAACCGCUUAGUGGACAGUAAUAUUAACAGGUUAAAACAUGUUAGUAAGGAUUCAUUGCACAAUAAAUACGGAGGAAGAAAGGUGGAUAAGAUUGCCGAAUCCGGAUUAACUUUAGAAAAUGUGCUAGCUUGUAAGCAGAACCUAAAUGCGGUGAUGGCUAUUU